GUUGAAUUGACAACUCAAGCGCAAGUAUUGUGACGCAUGCGCAGUCUCAAUUUCAACUGCAUUGUGCGACUCUUGGUAACAGAGCUUCAUAAGUACAUUAAGACUUUUUUGUGCGGCUUAAAAUUAAACAAACGUUAAUCCAUUCUUAUCUAUCAAUUGCAGUGUAAUAUCACAAAAGACACUCUAAUCAGUGUAUAAACAAGAGUUGUUAUGUAAAAAAAUUCGAUGUGUUCAAUGUCAAAUUUUAUCCGGGUGCAUUUAUAAUGCAUUGAUAAUGAGACUUUAUCAAAUAAUUCGACGGUCGUCCAGUGUACAGGCUUAGUGAAAUUAGGCAUUAUAUGGAUAUUAGUUGCAUAAAAUUAUUGAUGAGUCGUGAUAAUGUCACUUCGGACGAUUUCAGUUGCCUAUUGUGCGUUGAGUGUUGACGACGGAACGCAUAUGUGUUGCAUUUAUAAAUAAAUCAAGUUUUUAAAGGAUUUACAAUGAGCCAGUUAGAAAAAAUGAAGGUGAACCCCGAUCUGGCGAUGGAAAGGGCGAAAUGCAACUUUAAUAUUAUGGAGGUAACGCAUAUUCUUGAUGGAGGCGAGGAGAAUACGUUGCGUAGGAAGAAAAUAGAAGACAUAGCUUUAAACAGUGGAGCCUCGAAGGAUUCCUUCCCAGAAGAACACAUGAGUCCUAAGGAGAAGUAUGAGAAUGCUGUGAGGAAGUCAUGUCUGUAUGCCGACCUUGUGAAGAAUCACUUUGCUCACCUUACUGGAUUGGAAACUUUUGGAAUAAAUUCCGGCGUCAUCAGGCGCACAGCAGAUGCUUUCUUCAAAGAAGUAUCUCCAUUCUUACUUCAUAUGGGCAUGUUUGUGCCCACAAUUAUGGGUCAAUGUACUUCGGAGCAGAUGUCCUAUUGGCUUCCAAGAGCGAUGGACAUGCAAAUCAUUGGGACCUAUGCCCAGACGGAGCUCGGCCACGGUACUUUCAUAAGAGGCCUGGAGACGACUGCUACAUAUGAUCCAGAGACUGAAGAGUUUGUUCUGCACAGCCCCACUUUGUCCUCAUACAAGUGGUGGGCAGGAGGCCUUGGAAAUACAGCGAAUUACUGUAUCGUGGUAGCUCAGCUAUACACAAAGGGUGAAUGCCAUGGCACCCACCCAUUCAUCGUUCAGAUCCGAGAUGAGGACACCCACAUGCCUCUCCCUGGGAUCACAGUGGGAGAAAUCGGACCAAAGAUGGGAUUUAAUACGGCUGACAAUGGAUUCCUAGGAUUUGAUCAUUAUAGGAUACCAAGAGAACAUAUGAUGAUGAAGAAUGCUCAGGUUUUGAAGGACGGUACCUACGUCAAAGUGGCAAGGCAUGGCAAGCUGACUUAUGGGACGAUGGUGUUUGUACGAGUAAUCUUAGUCAACGAAGCUGCCUUCAACCUGGCGAAGGCUUGCACCAUUGCUGUGCGGUAUUCUGCUAUUCGUAGACAGUCCCGACCGAACCCUGAUGCACCCGAGCCUCAGAUCCUGGAUUACGCAACGCAGCAGCACAAGUUGUUCAUCACCAUAGCUACUGCGCAUGCGUUGCAGUUGUCCAGCACAUGGUUGUGGCAGAGCUUCAGCGCUGUGCUUAGAGAAAUGAAGGAUGGCAACACUGAUAAGUUACCCGAGUUCCACGCCCUCUCAAGUUGUUUAAAAGCAGUCAGUACGUCUGAUGCAGCAUACCUGAUCGAGCAGUGUCGCCACGCGUGUGGAGGUCACGGCUACAUGAUCUCGUCUGGCAUCCCCCACCUUUACAACUUCGUGUCUGCCACCAGGACGUAUGAGGGAGAUUACACUGUGUUGCUUCUGCAAACUGCCAGGUUUUUGGUAAAAGCAUACGAGCAGGCUGAAGCGAAUCAGCCACUGACGCCUACUGUGUCGUACCUGAAGCUGGCCUUCUCACGUAAGGAGCCCUGGGACAGCAGCCCUGCAGGCAUCGUCAGAUCUUUCCAAGCUCUGGCUGCAGGAAAAUUAUCUUCAUGUGUGAAGAAUAUGAGGAAACGUAUGCGAUCGGGAUUAUCUGAAGUGGAUGCAUGGGAAUCGUCUACUAUACAAUUGGUUUCGGCAGCUGAGGCUCAUUGCCGUGCUGUGAUAUCGGAUGCGUACAGAAGUGAGAUUGUAAGACUGACUGCUAAUUCGAGUCCGAAUGUGAAGAUAGUCAUGGAACAGCUCUCGACUCUCUACUUAUACUACUGGGCUUUGGAAAGGACUGGAGACUUGUUGCUGUACACGUCAAUGUCGGAAAAGGAUAUCGUGGACCUGCAGUUGGCUUAUGAAGAACAGCUUCAGAAAAUAAGGCCUAAUGCCGUUGGUAUCGUCGAAGCUUUUGACCUGCGGGACGAACUUCUACAUUCAACCCUAGGAUCCUAUGAUGGUCAAGCCUACGAGCGGCUGAUGGACGAAGCUCUAAGGAGUCCUAUGAACAAGGAGCCAGUCAACCAGGCUUACUAUAAAUACUUAAGGCCAAUGAUGAAAUCAAAUCUGUGAUAUAGAAAGAAAGAAAGAAAUGAAGAAGGUUUUCAAUAUGUAGUUUUCAUGUGUUAAUUAUAAUGACAUAACGUAUGUUUUGGUAGUGAUUGCAGGAACCAUAAUAUACCUAGAUUAUAUACAACGUUUUUGGACACUUGGAUUUUCUCCUGUGCAUUAUCAAACAUACAGUUUCAUAUACAUUGUCUGUUUAAAAGGUUUCUGCAUGGUUGGCUCCAUCAUAUUGUACAUCUUCUGAAGAAAGGUCUUCAUCAGAAAAUGGUAUCUAUAGUCAAUACUUCAAGUUUAUUUUUUCCAUUGCCAUGACCAUGACGCUAAACAAUACCCGACAACUUUCCAAAUACCUAAUUUGUUAAUUAAUUAUUUGUUAUUGUUAAGGAAUUUGCACAUAAAUAUGUAUGUAAAUACUAAGUAUACGUAGGUGGGUAUCUGACUGAACUAAUUGAAAAUAACGUACCUUCGAUAUUUAAAAAAUAUAUUUUGUUAUCUAUAUUUUCAUCGGUUUUUUUUGGAUUAUAGUUCCCACCUACGUUGUUUUUGGUAUUAUUGAUUUGAUUAUAGAAAUUUAUUGCGGAUCAACAUUUAUAUUUUCUUGACAAAUGUACCUACUUAUUAUCAUCAGAAUGCACUGCAGUUGUUUUAUGGAAGUGGAUUAAGAUUAAAUGAUUUAUACUUAUACGUAUUUUUAUAAUCUGU